GCGGGCUGAGUGUGGGUGCUUGACUGCCAGUGGAGCCACCGUCUCUCUCUCAAGCGAACUGCAACCUGAGACAUUGACUGUUUACAUUGCCUUUUAACUUUUGAAGGGCCCGAGGAACAGUGUGCUUGAAUGUUUCAAAGGUAUGACAAACUGUUCUGUGAAGCAGAUCCCUAAAUGAAUCGGAGCAGAGUAUCCUAGCUGUGGCAUAGAGCACAAUGACGGCACAGUCAGACGUUCACUGAUGAUUGGAGCUGGGUAAGCAGUGAUGAUGCGUUGUCUGGCAGCCCGUGUUCACUACAAGACCCUGAUAGUGAUCUGCGCUCUCCUCUCUCUGCUCACGGUCGUUCUGUGGAACAAGUGUACGAGUGAGAAAGCGCUGCGCUUUCUGCCCCGGCACCCCCAGCCCCCUCCCAGCCCGAAAGUAGACAGCCAUCCGCAGCAGGCCCAGCCCCCCGAACCUCCACCUGUGGUCGGCGGAGUACGCUACGAAGAGAUUGACUGCCUGAUCAACGACGAUGUCACCAUUAAGGGCCGUCGAGAAGGUAGUGAGGUAUACCUGCCGUUCAGCUGGAUGGAGAAGUACUUUGAGGUCUACGGGAAGGUGGUGCAGUACGAUGGCUACGAUCGAUUUGAGUUUUCGCACAGUUACUCUAAAGUAUACACCCAGAGAGAGCAGUACCACCCCAACGGAGUCUUCAUGUCAUUUGAGGGGUAUAACGUGGAGGUGCGUGACAGAGUCAAGUGCAUUAGUGGAGUUGAAGGAGUUCCUUUAUCCACCCAAUGGGGCCCUCAAGGGUAUUUCUAUGCUAUCCAGAUAGCUCAGUAUGGCCUGAGUCAUUACAGUAAAAACCUGACUGAGCGGCCGCCCCACAUGGAGGUAUAUGACACAGUGGAGGAGAGAGACAGCAGGUCUAGCACAUGGACAGUCUCUAAAGGCUGCUCUCUUACCAGAGUCUACGACAAGACCAGAGCCACAUCAGUACGACAGUUUAGCGCUCCAGAAAACUCAGAGGGCGUCUCACUUCCUCUUGGCAACACUAAAGAUUUCAUCAUCUCUUUUGACCUGAAGUUCACAUCUAAUGGUAGCGUCUCUGUCAUCUUGGAGACCACAGAGAAAGGGCCUCCGUUUGUUAUCCACUAUGUCACCACUACCCAGCUCAUUUCUUUUAAGGACCGUGACAUCACCUAUGGGAUCGGCCCUCGGACAGCAUGGACCACGGUCACCCGUGACCUUCUCACUGACCUCCGCAAAGGCAUUGGCCUCUCCAACACCAAAGCGGUCAAAGCCACCAAGACCAUGCCCCGACGUGUCGUAAAGUUAUUGUUGCACGGCCACGGGAUGAUAGACAAUAUCACAAUCUCCACCACUUCACAUAUGGCGGCUUUUUUCGCCGCCAGCAACUGGUUGGUGCGCAACCAGGACGAGCGUGGUGGUUGGCCAAUCAUGGUGACUCGUAAACUUGGGGAAGGUUUCCAUGCGCUGGAGCCGGGUUGGUAUUCGGCCAUGGCGCAGGGGCAGGCCAUGUCCACUCUAGUGCGUGCCUACCUGAUGACAAAAGAUGACAUGUACUUAAAGGCUGCCCUGCGUGCCACCGGACCUUUCAAACUGCCAUCGGAGCAGCACGGCGUCAAAGCCGUGUUUAUGAAUAAGUAUGACUGGUAUGAGGAGUAUCCCACAAUCCCUAGCUCCUUCGUUCUGAACGGGUUCAUCUAUUCCCUCGUAGGCCUGUAUGACCUGGCGCAAACCGCAGGUGAGAAACUCGGUCGGGAUGCAGGUCAGCUGUACAGCAAGGGAAUGGAGUCUCUGAAAGUUAUGCUGCCCCUAUAUGACACGGGGUCGGGCACCAUCUAUGACCUGCGCCACUUUAUACUGGGCAUGGCGCCCAACCUGGCCCGUUGGGACUAUCAUACAACGCACAUCAACCAGCUACAGCUGCUGGGUACUAUUGACAACUCGCCCAUCUUCAGGGACUUCGUCAAACGCUGGAAAAGCUACCUGAAAGGAGGCAGGGCAAAGCACAACUAGAGCGGAGCACACCUCGAAGAUCUCUUUAAAACCCUCACGUCCUCUUCCUGACUGCCUCUGUGAGGGCCACUGUGUCUAGCAUGGAGGAAAAAAUGGCUGAACACUUCGGUAGUCCUCUGAUUUUUCAGUUUGAGACGGUAAUUGCAGUGCUUCUGGUGUCUGUGCUGAGGUUUUAAUUAGGUACAAACGCAGCUGCUUGCAGCGUGUGUCUGGAUGAGGAAGAGGGAGGGCUUAGGUAUUUAAUAUUCAAAGCUCCAGAUCUGCAGGUUUUUUGAGUGAGAAACACGUCUGCUGAGAUUUGCCACAUUUGGGCAUAGUUCAGUCAAGAUGUGGGAUCGAAAAGAAGCUUUCAGAACCUUCUUCCAAAGUAAAGCUCAGAAAAUAGUCAGUCACCAGACAGGCAAAAACAUUGAAAAUAAAUUGUAGAGAACAAACUAAAGUUUGCUGCAACAGUCAUUUAAGUUUGUAGCCUGUGAGCUUAACACUAAUGCAUACAAGCUAUGGAGAAAAAUGCUGAAAAUGUCCUCAAGUGUAGCAUUAUUAUGUUUCAGUGAAGGUUUACUAAAUCGGUUUGACAUUAGAAGGAAACACAACGCCUUUUGUUCAACCUACUGUCCAGCCUUCAACCUGCAUUUCAUGAUCCUUUGCUCUGUCAAAACCUCGCCACAAUCAGAUUGAGCUGUCACUAAUGCGGCCCAGUCCUGCCCAUAAUGCACUUAAAGCUUUAGAGAGUAGGUCGUAGGUCCCUUGCUUCAUGUUUACAACAGAUUUCAGGAAACAUUGCUAUAGGUAUUAAGACACCACUAUGGUAGAUUAUCAAACACAAAGCCUAGAAUA